AUGCUACUGCUUCUGCUGCACCCCCCAACCCCCGUUGCACCCCCUGCUGCACACGCUGAUGCACGCGCCGCUGUAACCCCUGCUGCAACUCCCUGUUGCACUUCCUGCCGCUUCUUCUGUCCCCCUCUUGUACCUACUGCUGCACGCGCCGCCGCGGGCCGCGCAGGGGCGUUUGACGACGACGACAUUGUGCACGUGGAGGGCUCGGUGGACCCCGUGCGUGACAUCGAGAUCAUCCACGACGAGCUGCGGCUCAAGGACGAGGAGCUCAUCGCGCCCAUCCUCGACAAGCUGGAGAAGAUGGCCGUGCGGGGCAACGACAAGAAGCUGAAGCCCGAAUACGACAUCAUGUGCAAGAUAAAGAGCUGGGUGGUGGAUGAAAAGAAGCACAUCCGAUUCCACCCCGAUUGGAAUGAUAAGGAGAUCGAGGUUCUGAACAAACACCUGCUCCUCACCUCCAAGCCCAUGGUCUACCUGGUGAACCUGUCCGAGAAAGACUACAUCCGCAAGAAGAACAAGUGGUGA